AUGCAUGCAGCUGCGCCGCUGGAACCGCUUUCUGAGCUUGCCGAAGAGCUGCGCGAAGAGAGGCCCGGUGCGACGCCGCGUCUCUCGCUUGAAAUGGCGGACCGUACGCUGAUUGCACGCAACUCUCUGGAAUUAUUGCAGCAUCCACAUGAGAACGAGACAAGUUUUGACUAUCUUGUAAAAGCGUGGGUACGGUGCUGGCAUGCACAGCAGCGCGUUCGUACGCAACUCCCCCCUCAUUUGGUACAGCUUGGCACGAGUGCGCUGGAAAACACGCGUGGCCUGAUUACGAGCUACAUUGGGCUUGUGAUGCAGAUGCCAGACAUGUUUCCGCGAGACAGCAAGCGCGGCAUGACCGUCUCGCCAAAAUCGCUGGUUCCCACGCUGCUCAAUAUCGGCGCGACGGAUACGCUAGCGUACGACGGCGACGCCGAGGUCGUUGGAGAAUGGUCCAAGAUCCCCAGUGUAGAUGCGUCGCAGUUUCUGGUCGAUAUAGUCGCGCGUUUCGGUCCCGAAGGUACGCUCGACGAUACCGUUGGCGCCGCACUCUACGCCAUGACCCAGCGUGUGCGCAGCGGCGUUUCAAACGAUACCGAACAAGAGGAUCGUGCACAACGUAGCGAGCCGACUGGCGAUGUGCAGCAGGUCCUUGCCCAAUUGCUCGGCAUGCCCGAUCCGCGCAUGGUCUCUGGAAGCGAAUCGCAUGCAGAGCCACACGGCAUGGCCAUCACCGAUCUCAACUGGCGCCCUAUCCAGCUCGCAGUCGUCGCGAUGAUGGAGUACAAGCCACUUGCUUCUGCUGUUGCAUCUUUCCAGGUUUUUUGUCCCCAGACAAGCGCGGCGAUGAUGGAGCGCGAAUCGCUCUUUGGCCCGCUGCUGCGCCUCUCUUGCUUUGCUGAUGCAUACCCCGAUAUCGCCAAGACCUAUUUCACAGAAGCAAAGACGCGCUCGCCGUAUGAGCUGGAAAACAGCAUGAGCUCACUGCGCAUGUCACUCAAUGUGGUGCAGAGCAACAACUUUCAUAUCUUCAAUGCAUUGGUGCGUGCAGGCGCAGCGCCGCGCGAGCGUGUUUUGCAGUAUUUCGGCACGGUCUGUGCUUUGAAUGCCAAGCGUGGAGCAAUGCAGGUGCGGUCGAAGGAAGUUGCGAGCGAUGCAUUCAUGGUGAAUGUGUACGACAUCGUGCUGCGCUUUGCUGCGCCGUUUGCGGAGCCGACGUGCGCGAAAAUCGACCGUGUCGAUCCAGAGUACAUGCUCCGGCAGGCGCGGUGGGACACAAAAACGCUUACUCGUAUCCAUGCGUCGGAGACGCAGGGUGCAGAAUGGGUCGAGUCCGGCGCCAGGUACGACACGCCGCCUAACUUUAUCACCGAAAUAUUUUUCAUCGGUGUGAGGCUCAGCAACUUGGCGCUGGGCAAGGCUAUGCGUCGUGUAGACGAGCGCGAAAAAGAAAUGGAUCACUUGCAAAAGCGGAUCAAGGAGUUUGAGGAUAGCCGUGUCCGGUGGGAAGCGAUGGCGCACGCUGGCAAUGUGGAAAAUUUGCUCAAGCGCUUGGCCGCGCAGCGUGACAAGCUGCAUAGCGAGGUAAUCGCCGCACAAACGCAGCUUUUGGAGCCUGGGUUUGUGCAGGGCGUGAUUGGGUUUGUGGGCUUUACCAUGACGUGGCUUGUGCGUCUCGCCGAUCCCGACAGCGCCCACCCUGCGACACAAAUCACGCUUCCCCUCCCGCGCGAGCUGCCCGAGCUAUUCCGCAUGCUGCCUGAGCACAUUUUUGAGGACGUGUGCGACAUUAUCCUCUUUUAUUCGCGGCGCAAGCCUGACGUGUUGGAUGUGCACGCGCAGAAUACUAUUGUGGUCUUCAGCACCACAUUUCUCUCUUCCGGAUGGUUUAUCCGGAAUCCUUUCUUGAAAGCGAAGCUUGCCGAGAUGCUGUCAUACAAUGUGAUGCCAUAUGAUGCCCAUCCCGCGGGUGUUAUGGGCGAUGUAGUGAACAGCCACCCUGUGGCGCUCAAGCACCUCGUCCCAUCUCUUAUGGCGUUCUGGAUCGAUGCAGAGUCCACUGGGUCCGCAUCGCAGUUCUACGACAAGUUUAAUUUCCGUUACCACCUAACUCAAAUUUUCAAGGCGAUCUGGGACAACCCAGAUCACAAGAAGCAGCUUUAUCGGGAAGCGGAAGAGCACCAGACCGAGUUUGUCGUGUUUAUCAACCGUCUGAUGAACGAUGUCACCUAUUUGCUUGAUGAUGCGCUUGACAAGCUUGCCGAGCUACACACCAAGCAGCUGGAGAUGGAUGAUGCCGACAAUUGGGCGGCUCUGUCGCCCCAAGAGCGCGAAGAAAUCGAAAGCGCGACGCGGAGCAUCGAAAGUCAGAUCCGCAGCGACCUGAGUCUGGGCCACGAAUUCUUGCGCCUCUUGAUCAGAUUUACCAGCGAAACGAGCAAGGCGUUUAUGACGCCUGAGGUUGUAGACAGGCUCGCCGCAAUGCUGGACUACAACCUGGAUGUAUUGGUUGGCCCUCGGUGCCAAGAAUUAAAGGUGAAGGAUCCGAAACGCAUCGGCUUCGACCCGCGCAACAUGCUGCGCGAAAUCCUUGCCGUGUUCUUGAAUCUGGCACCGCACGAUGAAUUUGCAGCGGCAAUGGCACGCGAUGGACGAAGCUACCGCCGCGAGACGUUCUCGAAAGCGGCCACCAUUGCACAGCGACACAUGCUUCUGAGCCCACCCGAGAUUGACGUGCUCGCUACAUUGGUGGAUCGGGUGGAACGGAUCAAGCAGACCGAGGCGGAAAAGGAGCAAGACUUGGGUGAUAUUCCUGACGAGUACUUGGACCCGCUUUUGGCGACGAUUAUGCGGGACCCAGUGCGGCUUCCCGCGAGCCGUAUGGUGAUCGACCGGUCCACGAUCAAGGCGCAUUUGUUGAGCGAUGGCACAGAUCCGUUCAAUCGCAUGCCACUCAAACUCGAUGAUGUGCUGCCUGCAGACGACGUGCGCCAAGAGAUUCAGGCCUGGCUCCAGGAACGCCAAGCAGCCGCACGCAAAUAG